AUGGAUGUGAACGAACAAUUAUAUUUAAGACCUUCCAAUAUGACUAUAAUACAAACACCAUAUUCAACUGAUGACACGUCCGAUUCAUCCACAGUCUCUGUAGAAUUUAAUUUUGACGAUGAUUUAUCACUAACAUUUCAUAAUUGUUUGUCUGAUUUAUUAGACUUAACAAUACCUUAUCGAUUAUUAAUUAAAAAAAUAAUAAAUCAGUGUUGGUUAUGUUCGUACAAUGGUGAAUCAAAUGAUUUGAAUGCUCAUUUACAAAGUGAUCAUUUUAAAUUUGGACAAAUAAUCUGUCCACUCUGUAAUUGUGCACUGAAAAAUUUGAUUGAAUUACAAACACAUUUAUCAAAUGUACAUUUACAAAUGAAAAAGUCGAUGUUUAUUUUACCAAAAUGUUCAGUAGAUACAAUAGAACCAACGCCAUCAACAACAGAAACAUUGUACAAAUGUUUAAAAUGUACGUCAACAUUUAGUGGAAAAAUGCAAUGGUUACAACAUGUUCUUCAUCAACAUUUACCGUUGUAUACAACCAAAUGUUUAUGCUGUUUACAAACUAUAAAUAAAAUUGGAAAAUUAAUUUGGCAUAUUAAUUUGAAACAUGAACAAGAUGAAUUUACACAAAAAUGGGCUGAGAUAGAUCCGACAAUUCAUUUAACACAUCAGUCCGCAAUAUCACAAACAAUAAAGACAGAUACAAGAACACCAAAGAAAAAAGCUGUAUUUAGACAACAAAAAGAAGAAAUCAUAAUGAAAAAGCAACAGAAUGUAAGAAUAUACUAAAAAGAAUACUCAUUGACGAAUAAAAGAAUAAUCCUGGAAACGUAGAAAGACGAAAGAAAUAUACUUCCUCAUCCUAAUCUAGUAUCAUGCGAUAGCGCUUUAUUUGAUUUCGCUUACUCUAUGUACACCAUGAUAACAGAGAAACAGAUUUCACCCACUAGUUUUGUUUAUGGUCAGUAAUCUGUCAAAAAUGGAACUACUAACUACCAAAAAUGAAUCACUUUACACAACUGACUUUAGCAAAAAUCUCUUUCAUAUUUACGAAACUCUUCACAAUGUGUGAUACACUUUCUGGUUGUAAUGCAAACACCAGGACAAGGCAUCUGACGUGAUCAAAACUACUGAAUCUGUUUCACACACAAGUUCUUUUUUCUACCUAAAAUUCAGAGCUUGAUGAAACUAGUCUGUUUUAUAUUACAUAUUUCACAAUAUUUGUGAUCGUAACACGCAGUUCUUGUUGAUGAGAUGAACUUUUUACUCAUUAUUUGUUUUAUGGAAAGUUAGUAUGAUCAAGCAAGAUCAUGUAUCCUGGCAUGAAAAAAUAUUUCUACAUUAUACUUUACUAAAAUAACAGUUUGUCAUAAUAAACAGUCCAAAAGCAAACACUUGACUCUGUUUCUGUUCCGAUCUUUUGUUCAUUUUUGUUACCAACCAGGAUACGCUCGUACUGAGGGUACUAGUAAAGCAUGAAGACACCCACAGACAACUAUAAGAUGUCCAUAUAAACAAAAAAUUUACAUUUUUCCGAUAUACUUAAAUAGAACUUUUUAGAAAAUUGAUAAGUCUGAUAGUUUUUUCCUA